CUAAAUUCAAAGCGACAGCAACACACGUAGCUUUGAUUCGACACUUAGCACAAAUUGUUCACAUUACAACCCUGCGAAUGUCCACUUCGUUGGUUUUGGUGCUGUGCGGGAAAACAUGUGCACGGUUACCCAUUAAAAAAAUAAAUGAUCUGUGCCACACCAGACCACCACGGAAAAUGGCGACUGUGAAGUAGAUGGAAGACGAAAGUCAGAAUUUGUCAAAUGCUCCGUAUUCCUUGCGUCCAGUCUCCAUCCACACAGUUGGGAGGCCAUGGCAGCUGAAAUGUCAUGUCUGGCAGGUGUUGAUGGAGAUGACAAAGAUGCAGAGCCUGACAUUAACGCCCUCAUCCUUCUGCAAGAAUCAGUGAAAAUGGCGGAAGAAUCAACCUCUUGCAAUGAUUCUUUGGACAAACAGACUCUAAAGCAAUCCACUGUCCUAGAUGUUCUGUCAAACACAGACAUGUUGUCUCCAAUUGGCUUAGGAAAUGGACUUUCUUUACAAGAGGCCACACAGGCUGAUGAACUCAACAGCAUGCCCAUAGAAAAAGAUGAGGAAAAAAGCAUCACCCAGUUAAAAACUGUGCAAGAAAUAGAUACUGCUGGAAUUUGGGGCUUUGAUGUGGAUUUGCCGGCGAACUCGUCAGAUGAUUUCAGUAGCCCCAGUGACAUCCAAUGGGACCCUCAUAAAGAGUUUAUGCAGCUUCUGUGGGAGAAUCACAAUGAUUCCUCAGGUCAGGAACCUCAAGAGGAAGUGCAUCCUCUAAACAACCAGAACAGAAGAAAAUGCAAAAUGGACAUGGUUGUCAUGAUGGAUCCCUCAGAGGACGUGUAUUCAGAUUUGAGUCGCAAGUCACCUGAGGAUUUUUCUCAUACGGAAGACCAAGUGGACUCAGUUCCUCUCAAAGAUGUCAGACAGGCAAGGACUUUCUCUAAGCUGCAGACAUCCCAGACAGUGAACGUUCCAGGUUAUCCCAAUGGAACCAUGAAAGCCAUCAAGCAAGUUCUCUGCAACGUACCGGGAAGACAUUCACAUGAAGAUAACCCAAGCCAUGGCCUUUCAUCGUUGAAUGGGAGGCUCACAGUGAAUUCGCAUUCAGAGGAGAAAGCAUCUCGUCACCCAUGCUCAAAAUGUAAGCUCAUUUUCAAGAAGGCCUAUCAUUUGCAACGUCAUAUGAAAACUCAUGAAGACCCACCAAAUAAUUUGCCAAAGACCUUUAUGUGCAGAGAAUGUGGCGAUUCUUUCAGACAAAGUAGUCUCCUGAUUGAGCACAUGCGUGUGCACCAUGAAAAAAGAUCAAGGCUCCCCGACGAACUGAAAGGAUGGGCGGAGAAGAACAAUGAGGAUAACGAUGCAAAGCUUUUCUGCCCGCAGUGUCCAUUUAGAACAAACUGCCCCAACACGUUUGUUCAACAUGCAAAAACCCACGACAAGAGAAAGUUUCAAUGUGACAAAUGUAGCUACAGGACCGAGAGCAGGCAUGAUCUUCUGAGACAUGACAUCGUACAGCACACUGUAAACGCGGUUAGAAAGCAAAUCAGGGACAGUGACUCGAAAACCUUCUCUUGCCACAUUUGUUCUUACAAAGCUUUUAGCAAAAAUGUUUUUAAAAAUCACCUGCUGCGUCGCCACCAACAAGAGUUUGAGGAAUAUGAAUCUGCACAGUAUGCUGAGAAAAACAUACAACCAUCCGAAGAGCAGCACAUUGCUUCUUGCACAGAAGCAGAAGAUGCAGAGUUGACCUCAAAAAUUAUGAUAAAAAAUCAAGUCUCUUCAAAAAGGGCUUGUUUGCCCGCUGAGCCAAGCGACAUUUCGGAUUUAUUUAAAAGUAACAAGAUCAGGCGAGGUCUAAAGUCUCAACUAACUGAAUCCAAAUUGGAUAAAUCCAUUAAUGUUCUACUGUCCCGACAAAAACAUGGAAGGAAGACUGCAGUGCAGAGGAAAGAAAACGCAUGCGGCACAUCUGUAACUGAUUGGAGUUGUGAAAAAGAAGGUUCUGAUCAGGUAGCCCCUCCAGUUAGGGAAAAUACAGUGUUAUCUCCAAAUGGCCUCACAGGAUCAUCCCAUGAGGCGGAAAGAGUUUCCAAUUGCAACCUACAUCAGUCGCCCAUCAGGAAGUCCCCAUCUAAAAGAAAGAUGUCCACCCCGUACCGCAACACUUCUGACCAAGACUCAUGUUUCAUCUUGCCAAAACCUGUGCCAAGCCCGAAGAGACUAAACCAAGGAGAUGCUGAUGACUAUAACAGAAAAGACACUUUCCAUCUAAAAGAUACAGAUGCCAACAUUUUUGACAAUGGUGUCAAUCCAGAAAAUCAUAAUUUAAUUUAUACCUAUAGCAGAAGAAUGUCAAUACGUGGUGCUCUGCAAGCAUCAAAACAGCUUUUUGAGAAAGCAAAAAACACGGAGCAGGAGCAGAGCGACCCUACAAUAAAAGAAGAAUGCAUCGAAACAGAAGUGUUUCAAGAAGCCUUUGACUCUCAUCCAAUGCCACUGCAAGAAUCCAUAGCAGAAGACAUGUCAGAGCUGGAACUGGACCGCAAGAGCUGCCCGUACUGUCCUGCGGUCUUCCAGUCGGGAGUGGGCUUGUCCAAUCACGUGAGAGGACAUCUUCACAGGGUUGGACUGACCUACAAAGCGCGCCAUGUCCUGACUCCUGAGCAGGUGGUUUGUAAAGACCGUAAGCCCAAAAUCCCUCGGAAGAUCACAUCGUUCCAGAAACUGAAAAAAGUGUUGCAGUUGCAGCCAGAUUCUGAGGAAACGGGUAUCCAUUCCUGCCCAUUAUGUGGGGACUCAUUUGACAAUAGGAAAGGACAGUCCAACCACGUACGUGGUCACCUCAAAAAGAUUGGUAGAGGCUAUUUAUCAAAGAACAGAUCCCCAUUAAUUGUACUCAAGGAGUUGAUGCGGAACAAAAAGGAGUACCUGAGGGCAGUUGAGAUCCUAGGAAAGAAACAAAAUAAUUCCCAUUAUGGUGCUAAUCAUUUCAUGCCAACUUCCUUUGGAAUCCACCAGAAUGACUCUGAUUCAAACGUGUGCACUGAUGUCAAACCACUCAUGCCUGUAUUUUCAUUAUUGGAAACGGACGCUGACAAAAGGCAACUACAGACCAAGUUAGAAGAGCAGGAGUCACUUUCGGACACCACUGCAUUGAUAGGAAUUCUGAAGAAGAGAAAGUGCCAGGAAGACUCCAAACCCAAGGGGAUUUUACAUAUAUCCAGGUACCCUGUAGCAGUCUCCUCAAACAGUGAACAUAGCUCGGGACCAAGAGUUGCGUCUUCACUGCCAAUCGCUACAUCGGAGAAAGGUGAAUUCAACAGGAAGGCGUGUAUCCACUGCAAUGCAAGUUUUCACAGUGGCGUUAGCCUGUCUAAUCAUCUCCGGGCAUGUGUAAAGCGGAAAAGAACUGCUUCACUAGAGGGAACCGCAUUUGACUGUAAAGCGAGGCGGCAGCGUUUAAGGCAGAGCUCAAAGAAGAAGAUGCUUCCGUUAACACAAACUCCAGAGGAAAUGUACAGACUUACAUGCAGGUUCUGUGACCUCGUCUUCCAGGGUCCCUUAUCGGUCCAGGAGGACUGGGUUAAGCAUUUACAAAGACACAUAAUGAACACUGGUGUCCCCCACACUGGGCUUGGCAUGGUUGAGGUCACAUCACCAUCCACAGACUUGGCUUGCAUCAAGACAGACCAAGAGAACAAUCUGAAUGCUGCACAAGCCACCUCGUGAAACCAGUGGGGGGCUUUUUUCUGUUUUUUUUUUUUUUUUUAGACUUUACUAGACUGUAUGUGUAUGUACAUUGGAUGUUUUUUCACUUUUUUUUAGUCAAGUACUGUCCAAAAGUACAAAAUUCAUCUUUAAGAUUGCCCGUAUACGUCGAGACACUUGGCAGGUGACAGUUAUUUUGGAUAUUGCCUGUUUUCUGUUUUGACAUGCAUUCACCCUUUGGAAGUACAGUUCCAAAUAGUCUUGUUUUCAUGCAGUAAGUGUCCACGGAAGACAACCUAUACCUCAGAUUAACUCGUGUUGGAGUCAACCCUUUUUCUAAAUUUGGGAGCACCUCUGCUGUAUUUUAAAAAUGCUAAUUGCUUUGUUCUACUCCAUUAUCAUAAACCCAUACACACUUCGUGACAGAUUCCAAUUAAGUGAUCAGUAUCAGAAAAUUUCACUAAAGACAAAAAAAAGUGACGAAAAUAAAAUGUGCAACUAUUAUGCAUAGAACCUUUUUUUUCUUUACAUUUGAUUUUGUUUCUAUUUUAACUAUAGAGUGGAGCCUCCCAAGUAGAAGACGACCUCUUUCAUGCCGGUUGUCUCUAAUUUCAUGUAUAAAAAACCCCAAAAAACAAGUUUUCAUUAUAAAGUUCGUUAAAUGCUUAGUGAGCUGAAAUCUUAUGAGAUUUGCUGACGUCUUAUGUGACGUCCCGUUUGAUGAGCUGUUCAAACUCCAUUUUUAGUUUGACUUUUGAGGCAUAUUUUUCCACCAACUUAUGGCUGAAAAUGUUCAGUUGUUGGUGUUUUCAACUUUGGAGGUUCCACUGUAAAAUGGGUAAGAAAAACAAACAAAAAACUAAACCAUUGCUGUUCAUGCCCUACAUCCACGUCUACGAUAUUUAACGAUGAAAUAUAUGGUUUUUAAAUAAUUUAAUUUUGAAAUGUAUUAUAUCACAAAUACAAUGUUUAAAACAUUUGUGUUUCUAAAUAAAUUUAAAAAAUGCACAAGUUGACUUUUCUCCAAUGUUUUUUUCCCCCACAAAAGUUCUACAAAAGGCAGAUUCAAGGUUUUGGGGAAAAAAAUACCUGAAAUGCUGCACGUACACCAGUGGCAUGCGGUCAGGGGAGACUCACCUGUCGCGAUAAAAAAUACAAAAACGAAUAAUAAUAAAUAAAUAUUUGUCCAUUGAACCGUAUUAUAAGUGUAUUUUCUGUACGAUUCCAAUAGUUUUUAACAUCUUAAUAAAAACUGCUGAAUUUACAGAUUUCCUGAUCUAAUACAAGGAAGAAACCUAAAAUGAGACCACCCCGAGCAUGGCUUCUCAAUUUUGUGCGCAAGCCCCACCUACCAGUUUCUGUUCAGUUUCUGGUCAGCAUGUCGCAAAUAACAAUGUUGCAGAGACAUUACACACCAUGACUUUCUAUAGCCAAUGUAAUGUAUUAAUGUACCGGUAAGCAUGACAUUAUUCUUGCUAAUCAGACAAUAAAAUACAUAGAAAUGUCAUACUGGAGGCACUUGCAUAACCACUGCAUCUUGAAGCGGUGGGGGGUGUGCGUGAGCUGGAAGACGCUUGACAUUGACGCCCUUCCGCAGAGGAAAAGCCAGCGGCAUAGAAAAUGGAUGGAUGGAAGUAUCAUUUGUUUUUAAACUAAAGUGAAUGAUUCUCUUUUUUUGGUUGUUCUCUUAAUGAGUAACCUAUAUUAACAUAAAAAAAGUCAGUGCCUCACCAGCCAUGAUCCUCACCGCACAUCACUGGUGUACGUACACACACACACACACACCAUCAAAUUGUACGUGGUUGUGAUGGUGAAGGUGAAGUCCAUUGUUAACUUGUGGCAAACAGCACUUGGGAUGUCGAUACCAUCAUUGGGGUGGAGGUCUUCCGUCAUUCAAACUGGCUGAAACCCUAUAAAUACAACAUAUGUAUAUAUAAUUAUGCUUUUUCCACAUGGUCAAGCACAUAUGUACAGUUGAAACUAGUCUUAAGACAGUCUCCAUAAGGUACAUACUAUUCACACUUGUGUUCAAUUAACCACAUAGUCUCCUAUGGUUUCUGGGUGAUGUGGCUGUAGUCAACCUGCUGAUGUACAGUGUUCCCUCGUUUAUCGUGGGGGAUAGGUUCCCAAAAUAGCCCGCAAUAAGUGAAAUCCGUAGAAUAGCCAACUAUAUUUUUGUACAAUUACUAUCUAUGUUUUAAGGCUGUAAAACCCCUCAUCAUACAACUUUAUACACUUUUCUCAGAC